AUGAAAAGGAGGAAUCGGGCAGGCCUCGACCGUGGACGGCGACUUAGGGUUAGCUUCAUCGGCCUUGGAGGCGACGGCGACGGCGACGGCGGGGAAUUGGGAUUCAUGGCGUGCGUAGGGGAGGAGGAGUUGAGUUGGGAGGACCUCUUCUUUAACAAGGCGGCGAUGCUGGCCGCGGCGCAGGAGGAGGGGGAGGCGGAGAAGGAGAAGGCGCGGGAGGCAGAGGAGAAGGCGCGGAAGGCGGCGGAGAACCGGCGGCGACGCCUAGCGCACCAGCAGGUCAUGGCAUCCAUCCUGGAGCAUGACCCCAAGACGAAGCGCAAGGUCUACACCCGCUACUCCUUCAACGACUUCUCGGUCUUCGACAUCAACGCCGAGUCGCCUAUCCCUCCAAUGCGAUACACCAAGAGGUGUGUAGAUCGUUUGAAACUCCAAGACACUGCAAACAUACUUACUGUCAAGAUAGUCUCCUCGGAUAAAGGCUUCCCAAUCGAUGUGUAUGGCACUAUCAUCGCUAGAGACAGCAUCGACCACAAGUGCAUGUACCUCUUUAACCGCACCGGGGACAAUUGCCAACCUAUCAAGUCAAGGGAUGAAAAUUUGAUCUUAACUGGCCCAGGUCGAGGUCUGGUAUUACUUGAUUUCAUAUAUCUGGAGAUAGAUCUUAAAAUCAAGGUUGGUGAAGAGCCUCUAAGCGAGCAAAUCAGCAAGGGUUUGCUUAUGAUUGAUGGACGAGUUCUGCCUAGAGACGAAAAGGUUGCUGUUGCACAUCAAACUCUUGAGAGCUGGUUUAGUGUUGUGGACGUGAGGUAUGCAACUCUUCUUAAUGCUAUCGAGGGUACGUUCGAGAUCAAGUUACUCGAGGGAAGUUUUUGUGGAAAGAUCGUGGCUGGCAUAGAGGGCAUUGAGCCUAGGAUUGUGAUUUAUAAUAGCGAGGAAGACGGUGUGGUGUCUUGUGAAGACCGUGCAGUUAUCACACUCCGGCGGCGUGUCAUGACCCUCCGUCUGAAUGGUAUGCUCACAUUUGGCUUUGCAGUCCCUGGUGGUGCUGCUGCUGCUACUAGAGAAUGGGAAGUUGAAUUCACACCACGACACCGUGGUGAAGAGAAAAGGGAGAUCUCUUGUGGUACUGCCAAGCUUCAAGUGAAGGUCUUUUGGUCCAUGCUGGACUAUAGGCCGUAA